AUGGAAGGUCUGACAGAGAGAGAAAGAGAGGUGGUACUUGGGAUUCGUGAAAAGAAAGUGAAAGAAAAAUCUAAGGUUAAAAGGGAGGGUUUUGAUUGGUGGAAUGAAGGGAGAAGAAGCCAUGGGAUCCCUAUCGCAAGCACCGUGGAGACCGAUCUGAAACGACCAAGUCGUUUCUUUCUCUGCAAUAGGACCAGGUGGCUAGUCACUCGGCUUGUCUGUUCAGCCCGUCAAUUUAUUGGUCAGCCAAUUCACGAGAAUCAAGACCGUUCGUGUAAAGAAUAUAAAUCCCAUGCCACCUUUACAAUCAAACCACAUAAGAAACUGAUUCCAAAACGAAACAUAGCUCCCUCACUCGAUUACGUCAGCAAUGACACGGAUAGGGUCCCACCUGGGAUGGUGCCUUGUGGGUCCCACAGGGUUCGCAAAUUCAUCGAGAAGCCCAAUCAAGUCUCCAACGAUAUGAAGAAUGGUACACGAAGAUGGAUCCUGAGGACAGAAGAAGAAGAAAAGCAGAGAGAUACAAACACGCCGGAUCAAAGCCUUGGACGGUUGGACCUAAGAGAUAGAACCCAGCCCAACUCAAUCCAACACAACUAA